AUGGUGAAGCAGAUUGAGAGCCAGGUUGCUUUUCAGGAGGCCUUGGAGGCUGCAGGUGAUAAACUUGUUGUAGUUGACAUCUCAGCCACGUGGUGUGGGCCUUGCAAACAGAUCAAGCCUUCCUCUCAUUCCCUGUCUGAAAAGAAUUCCCACAUGGUAUUCCUUGAAGUACACGUGGAUGACUGUCAGGAUGUCGCUUCAGAAUGUGAACUCAAAUGCAUGCCAACCUUCCAGUUUUUUAAGAAGGGACAAAAGGUGAAUUUUCUAGAGCUAAUAAGGAAAAGCUUGAAGCUAGCAUUAAUGAACUAG